AUGGCAAACGAAAUUAAGAUUAUCUGCAAAUCAUUAAAUAGACUUAAAGGUGACAUUGCUAGUUAUGAAUUUCGAGCAGAGUUUGAGAAUUUGAUUCCUGAGAUUAGCUUUAACAUGGAGAUAGACUCCUUCCUCAAUGAUUCAAAAGUUAACCAAAAUUUUAAAAAUAACAUUGUUGAAGCAACCUAUUGUGAUAGAGUGACAGAAAUCACGAAGACUUUUACUCAAUAUGAAUUAACAGAAUAUGAAUGUUGGCUCAAAUUCAAGAAAAGAGCAUCUGCAAAUGAAAGACUUCUAGCUCUAGAUUUGGAGAAAAUUGGAAAGGAGAUUGUUAAAAAAUGUAAAAGGGUUCCAUGGGCUGUAGAAUUUUUAGGGAGAAUAAUGUACUUUAUACAUGAUAAAGGUGAAUGGCUAUCAAUUCAAAAUAAUAAAAAUUGGGAUUUACUGGACAAUAGAAAUAAUGGAGUGUUUCACAUAUUAAAGUUAGGCCAUGAUCAUCUUCGAACACCAUCUUUGAAACGAUGUUUCGCAUACUGUGCAGUUUUCCCUAAAGAUUAUAACAUGAAAAAGGAUGAAGUAAUUCAGCAUUGGAUGGCUGAAGGGUUCCUUGAACCAUCAAAAGAAGGUAAUACAGUGAUGGAAGAUAUUGGUAACGCGUAUUUCAAUAUUUUGUUGGCUACUUCCUUUUUCCAAAAUGCUAGAAAGGAUGCCUGUGGUGAUAUUAUUAGUUGCAAAAUGAAUAAUUUGGUGCAUGAUUUUGCCUUUUCAAUUUCAAAAUUUGAAAUUCUAAUUUUGAAGGGAGAUUCUGUGGAUAAUGUUAGUAAAGUACAACCUUUAUUUGUCCGAUCUGAUGGCAAAACAAGACCAAGAACUUCAUUUAGUGGAGAUAGUUCCAUAAAAAUGCGCACAUUAAUUUCAGAAAAUCUAGACUUUGAUGACAUCUCAUCAAAUUUUAAAUGCUUACGUGUUUUAAAAUUAUCCGGGCAUAGUAUAAUAAGGUUGCCAAAUUCAAUUGAGCAGUUGAUAAAUUUGAGGCUUCUUCACAUCUUGCACACUGAAAUUGAGGAAUUUCCAAAAUCCAUUACCAAACUCUACAAUUUGCAAACUUUAAGAAUCGAAGAUUGCCCUAAACUCAUGAAGCUUUCAGAAGACCUAUGCAAUUUGAUUAACUUGAGACAUAUUAGUAUUAAUAUUGGUCUUUUGAUAAAGUCAUGGUACAGAGAUAGUCUACUAAAAAAUAUGGGACGGUUGACUUGCCUUCAAACAUUGAAUUCUUUUAGUGUGGGUCGAGAUGAAGGUUAUAGGAUUAAAGAAAUGGGACCCUUAAAGAAUCUCAGAGGAGAAAUAAACAUAUACAAUUUAGAGACGGUGAAAGAUGAGGAAGAAGCCAAAAGUGCAAAAUUAAAAGAAAAGGAAAUAUUCAAGUUGGGAUUAUUUUGGAGUCGUUUUCAUGGACAAUUGGAUAGGUAUGAUAAAGAUGAAAAGGUGUUGGAAGGCCUCCAUCCUCCCCCAAAUUUGAAAAGCUUAACAAUCGCAUGGUAUGGAGGAAAGAAAUUCCCCUCUUGGGUUAAUGAUUUGUCGCUAUUUCACAAUCUGAUUCAUAUCAUAUUGAAUUCGUGUGAGGAAUGUGAAGAAGUUCCCACUCUCGGGCAUUUACCCUGUCUUAGGGUUCUUGAAAUAGAAGGAAUGGGGAAGGUAAGAAGUAUAGGAAGUGAGUUUUACGGUAACAGUGAUGGGAGUUAUAGAAAUGCUACUACAUUAUUUCCGGCAUUGAGAAUACUCAAAUUGGAGUACAUGAGUAAUCUAGAAGAGUGGAAGGAUGCAGGUGAGGUGUUGUCGGUGUUUCCUUGCCUUGAGGAGUUGACCAUACGAUACUGUGAGAAACUGAGAUAUUUGCCAGACUCACUGCAUACCUGCAUUUCCCUUUGGGAUUUGGUAGUAGUGCGUUGUACUAACCUGAGGUAUUUGCCAAGUGUCCCGUCAGUUAUUCGACACUUGGAGAUAAUAGGGUGUGAUAUUGAUGAACUACCCAUGAAGCUACAAUUCUGUACAUCUCUUCAAUAUUUGAAGAUUGAGAAAUGUCUGAAUCUGAAAUUUAUUCCAGAAUCACUGCGCACCUGCCAGAAGUUUGUAGUACAGGAUUCUCCUGAGCUGAGGUAUUUGCCAGAUGUCCCGUCAGGUAUUCAACACUUGGAGAUAAUAAGGUGUGGUAUUAAUGAACUACCCAGUGGGCUACAAUCCUGUGCAUCUCUUCAGUAUUUGGAGAUUAGGAAAUGUCAAAAUCUGAAAUCAAUUCCAGAUUUAGGGGAAGUAUUUCAUUCUCUUAUUAAUUUAAAAAUUAGCAACUGUCCUGAUCUAAGACUGAAGCUUUUGCGAGAAGGCCGCUUAAAGACUUUGGUAAUCGGUGGGUUUAUUGAAGAGUUGGAUGCUUUCCCAAGUCUGCGUUAUCCUUUCAUUCAAUACUCACACACGUCCCUCAAAAAGCUAAUAUUGCGUGGGAGGCCUACACUCAACUCUCUCCCGAACGAAAUUCAACUCUUCACUGCCCUUGAAGAGCUGCGGAUACAGAACUUUAACGGAAUGGAAGCUUUGCCUGAUUGGCUAGGCAAUCUUUCUUGUCUUCAAAAGCUGUCUCUUGACUAUUGCAAAAAGCUGAUAGAAAAGAUGGGCAGAAGGGAGCGGCGUUGA